AUGCCGAUCCGCGGUUUUGAUGAUUGGGCAACCAGUCGCAUCCAGGCCUUGUCCCUCUCCGCCUUAAAGGGUGCCGUGAUUGGUAUCCAUGCUUCUCACUACCUUGAUCUUCAUUUAAACCAUCAUGUUACCAAGGAACCUCUUCUGAUUGCCCUGGGAGGAUUCCCAUUUGCGCUAAAGUCCCACAUUGAAAGAGAACUCCAAGCUCUUAAGAAUGCCGGAGUUACGUGCGUGUUUGUGUUCGAUGGAUUGGAAGUCGGCAAGCCGGAACCGGAUAUCAUAGCUCAGAAUCAGUCUACUCGCGCCCUAGAACAGGCCUGGGAAUACUACGAUCAGCAACAGGCGGAACAGGUGGUUGAUGCAUUCAGCAACGCGGGAAGCGCAAAGCCGGAAUCACUUUAUAAAUUUCUCCAAAGAAUUCUUCUUGCAGAGGGAAUUGAUUUUAUUGUUGCGCCAUAUUCUGCCGCCCCUCAGCUAGCCUACCUUGAGAAAGGGCCGAACCGGCUUAUUGAUGCUGUCUUUGGACCGACAGAGCUCUUUUUAUUCGAUGUCGAGAAGGUUAUCACGAAAGUUGAUACAGAUCUUUUCCACUUCAGUUGGAUCACGAGGCAGACAUGUGCCAAUGAUUUAAAUCACCUGAGCAACGAUCAAUUCGUCGACUUCUGCCUGCUUCUCGGCUCUCCCUUUCUCCGAACCUUUCCUCCCUUCGAAAACCACCCGUAUCCGGGGAAGGUACUGAACAUUCGCGAAGCGCUGAACUUGUACAACAGCUCUGGGAGGAAUGCUCUUGCUCUCUGUGCCCAAUUCGAAGAUGAUCAACGAGAUCUACAGUAUGCAGAUCGUUUUAAACGGGCGUUUAUGACUGUAAAACAUCACAUUGUUAUGGACACCGACGGCAAAGUAGGGCCAAUGGACCCUGAGAAUGCAUCGUCCGACUUGCACGAACUGAUUGGGCAACGACUCCCAGAGGAACUUUACUUUUAUAUUUCUAAAGGCAUCUUAGGGCCAAAUGUUCCCAAUUGGCUAACAUCUGGUGAAAUUCCAAUCACUCUCCCACUUGGCACGGAGGAUUCCGACAUCUAUCGCCGCCUCGUAUCCGAUAUGCUUACUCCUAUCCGUACUCAAUCUCUUUGUCUUCUCUCCAACUCGCUGCAUCGGUUUUAUCAGACAAAGGCUAUUCAUAUUCGUCCUUGGUAUGAUAACAAAGCCGACCGAACUAUCAACUUAAAGACCUUGCCAUCGGUAAAAGAGACCAUCGUGUCUUGGCGCCUUCGCAAAGCCCAGCUUCCUGAUGGGUUACAGGAGCUUCAGGGCUCAUCUCCGCUUCUGACAUCCUCUUUGGCGAUCGUUAAAGAUCCGGCCUUUGUUUCAAAGUCGUUCGCCGGUAAAGAUGCUCCGCCACUUUCUUCAAAAUCUGAAAUUCUCGCCAAUGUCACUUGGCGGUUCUUGCAGCUACGAGGCUACAUUGACGAAAAGCACCAGCUCACAACAUGGGGCAAAGCAUUGGAAGCAGCUCUAUCCUCGCUAAACCCAUCUGAAAAUCUAGAGGAACCCGCUUUUCUAGCGGUAGAAAUGCUCCGUUUAGGAAUUUUAAAUUCAAAAGAUGUUUUUGCGAACAUUUCAGGGGGCCCGAUGAGAGGCACAGCUGAGGAGAAAUCGUUUAACCUGCUUGUUUCUCGCGUUGCAUGUUUCGGCAAAAUUCGCCACAAGUCCAUUGGAUAUUCUGGUCCAUUAAGUAGACAGCUUUUGUCUUUCCAUUCGUUGAUCUACGCAAUUCGGUCGACUCUCCGCGACUUAAUAGAAGUCAUACUCGCUGGCUUGCUUCUUAGCGGAGAAGCGUGUCGGGAUCGAAGUGAUUUGUCCAGCUUGAGCCUCGACCUGCCAUUUAUUGAUGACAAUGACUGCGGCCUCGGGAUCGCUGUGCGCACCUAUCUGGACGACUUGCCGCAACAACCUGAGCCGACAUCACAGUCCGUGCGGGCCGAGGUCAAGACGAAAGGAAAAGAAUGGUUCCAGCAUAGUCACAGUUUCGUUGAAAAUUUAGACAUGGCUUUCCAGAUCUGGGAUGCAGUCUACAAAGUUACUCAGAACGCUCCUUCGAAAGAAUUUAAGGAUGCUAACUUAUGGGAGGACACGAACAGGUGGCUUCAGGACCGAAGGUAA